CUCAUAUUUAAUCAAAUGAAAAAGUUAGAUAAAUUUUUGUGUCUGGAUUUAAAAACAGGAGUGCAAGCAAUUGGAUUGUGAGUAUUGAAUUUGUGAUGACAAUAAUAAAAGCUUGAUAAUGUUAUUUUGUAGCUAUCGAACUGUUUUCUAUGGAGUUCUUUCAGUAAUAAUACUUGACUUGUUUGUGGAGCCUCCGAAAGAAUUAUGUGGAAAAGCCAAAAAUGCUAAUCGUCAAGGAUCAACUUUUUCGAAUCAGCACUGCGAUCUUCUUACGACUUUGCUGGUUGUCAGUUUCAUCUAUUCGAUCAUUUACUGUUUGGUGCAUUUUGUUGUCCUUAUUGGAAUUUAUAAGCGCAACCACAAACUGAUUCUUCUAGCAAUAAUUGCACAAGGAAUCGAGUUUCUAGUUCUGGUGCCUGCGCACUUGUUGAUUAUCUUUAUUUUAAGUAUUCAAGGAUUGAUAAUAUUUACUCUUAUUAACAUAGCUGUAUUUUGUACUGAUUACUAUACGCUGAAUGCAUUUCACUCACUUUAUCAGAGAUUUGAACUGAAAAGUAAGGAAAGGAAACAAAAAAUCGAAAUAGUCUCUCUGAAUAGUUUUGGUGAUAAUAAACAGACACUAACGGAUAUUUAAU